UCUAAAAUAGAAAGUAAAAAAGAAAUGGAUAUCUUCUUCAUCUUCAAGCUCUCAUUCUCCAUAGCCGCCGCCCUCACAUACUGUUACUUCAUCACCACAAAAAUUCCCAAAGGAAUUCUCCGUCUACUCUCUCUCCUCCCAAUAAUCCUUCUCUUUUCUCUCAUCCCUCUCCAUCUCACCUCCGCCUUCAACACCGCCAUCGCCGUCUUCUUCCUCACCUGGCUCGGCAAUUUCAAACUCAUCCUUUUCGCCUUCGAAACCGGUCCACUCUGUUCCAAUUCAAAAAAACUAUCUUUUCCCCUGUUUAUCGCUUUCUCUAUCCUCCCCAUUCGAUCUAAAACUGUUUUAGUCAAAAGGGUAUCGAAGUUUGAUCUUUGUUUAGCUACGGAAGUGGUUUUACUUGGGGUUUUAUUUACUGUUGUAGAUAAUUAUAGAGGUUUUAUUGAUUCGAUUCAUACGAAAUUGAUCUGGGUUUUUUAUUGUUUACAAACGUUUCUUCUUGUUGAUGUUUUAAUUGCUGGUUCGAAUGGUUUGGCUAAGGUUUUGUUUGGAUUGGAACUUGAACCGCCGUCGAACAAACCCUAUUUGGCUACUUCGUUGCAGGAUUUUUGGGGAAGACGAUGGAAUCUCAUGGUUACUAAUAUACUCAGAAUUACUAUUUAUAAGCCGGUAAGGUCGUUUGCAGCGCAUCUGGUUGGAGAGCCAACGGCGAAGUUGACAGCUAUUAUAGCGACAUUUCUAGUAUCGGGAUUGAUGCACGAGUUAUUGUUCUAUUAUGUCACGAAAGUAAGCCCUACUUGGGAGAUGACUGGAUUCUUUGUUCUUCAUGGUGUUUGUGUGGUGGUUGAGUUUGGUUUAAAGAAGGUGUUCGCUGGAAGGCGGGAGCUGCCGGAGAUGGUAUUGGUGGUGUUGACGGUGGGGUUCGUGGUGGCAACAAGUUUCUGGCUGUUUUUUCCGCCGAUUAUAAAUAGUGGAGCCGAUACAAAGGUUUUAGAUGAAUUUUCUAUGUUUGUAGGCUAUGUUAAGAACAUAGUGCCUUCCCAAUUGAAGAUAUUUUGAUUUGAGAUUGUAAUUAUUUGAACAA